CCGUCCCGGCGCCGCUCGCCACGGCUGCCCGGUGCGCGCCGCCGCCCCGCCCGCCGGGCCAUGGACUCGGACGCCAGCCUGGUUUCCAGCCGCCCGUCCUCCCCGGAGCCCGAUGACCUCUUCCUCACGGCCCGGAAUAAAGGCAGCGGCGGGGGCUUCACGGGCGGCACCGUGUCCAGCUCCACGCAGAGCGACUCGCCGCCGGAGCUGAGCGCCGAGCUGCGCAGCGCCAUGAGCGCCGCGGGGGUGGUGGUGGUGGACAAGCUGGGCUUCAAGUCCUCCUCGUCGUCCUCGUCGUCGUCGUCCUCCUCCUCCUCCAAGAAGGACAAGAAGCAGAUGACGGAGCCGGAGCUGCAGCAGCUGCGGCUGAAGAUCAACAGCCGGGAGCGCAAGCGGAUGCACGACCUGAACAUCGCCAUGGACGGGCUGCGGGAGGUGAUGCCCUACGCGCACGGCCCGUCGGUGCGCAAGCUCUCCAAGAUCGCCACGCUGCUCCUGGCGCGCAACUACAUCCUCAUGCUCACCAACUCCCUGGAGGAGAUGAAGCGCCUGGUCAGCGAGAUCUACGGCGGCCACCACGCCGGCUUCCACCCCGCCGCCUGCCCCGGCGGCAUGGGCGCGCACUCGGCGCCGCUGCCCGGCCACCCGGGCCACCCGGCCUCGCACCCCGUGCACCACCCCAUCCUGCCCCCCGCCGCCGUGUCCAGCGCCUCCCUGCCCGGCUCCGGCCUCUCGGCCGUCAGCUCCAUCCGGCCCCCGCACGGCCUCCUCAAGUCGCCCUCGGCCGCCGCCGCCGCCCCGCUGGGCAGCGGCUUCCAGCACUGGGGCGGGAUGCCGUGCCCCUGCAGCAUGUGCCAGGUGUCGGCCCCGCCGCACCACCACGUCUCCGGCAUGGGCACGGCCAGCCUGCCCAGACUGGCCACCGACACCAAAUGAGUCCCUCCCGCCCCGCCCCGGCACCGCCAGGACCUACAGACGGCAGCGGAGGGGACGGGGACGGGGACGGAGCCGGCCCGGGUGUGCCCGGCUCCCCGGACGCGGGGGAAGCCCCCGGCACGGUAAACCCCGCGCACCUCCCGUGAUUUCAAUUUCCCGACGCCGCCGCGGACUCCGGAGCGGGGGAGGGCGGCGGAACCGGGGCUCGCCGCUACCGGAGGAACCGGAGCUGCGGAGGGGCUUUGGCUCCGUUAUCCGUUCCUGCGCCCCUUCCCUCCCCUUCCCGGUCCCGUUUCUACACGCGGAGCCUUCCGAGCCGCCCCCGGCUCGCAUCCCCCGGAUUGCCCGUCCCGGGGGGCUCCGGGACUGCGGGAUCUGCCCCGCUCCCCCCGGGGCCGCGCCGGUUCUCCCUCCGGUGCGGGGUUUGUAAAUAGACCGGUAACGACGCCAGUCCGCUCCGCCUGAGCUUCCCGUCCGUGCACUUGUUCUGUGUCAGCCUCAUGAGUGAAAAAGGGGUCGGUUUGCCUUGAUUUCCUUCCUUUGGGUUUUGGGGUUUGGUGGGUUGUGUUACUUUUAAGCGUAUAACACGUUUGUUUCGGUUUUUCUUUGCGUUCCCGCCACCUUUAACAAAGUUUGAACUCUUUAAUGCUCUUUCUGUGUAGGAACUUUCACGCUGUCCGUGUCGCAAUACUGAGAACUUGGGCUUGUUUCUGAAAUAACAACUUUUCUUAUCGCUGCCCCUUGCAGAGAUUUUAUCAUCUGUUUAUUUUUGUAAAAAAAAAAAAAAAAAAAACAAACAAAAAAGAAAAAGAAAAAAAAGUUGCUAAAUAAUAUUUAUUACUUGUUUGGUUGCAAAAAAAAAAAAAAGAAAGAAAGAAAAGAAAAAAAAAAAGAAAAGAAAAAAAGUGAUCCACUGUUGAAAUUUUAAAUAAAUAAAAAUUAAAAAUGUAAAAAAAAAAAAAAAAGCAUUUAAGCAUUUUAAAUAAAUGUCCUUUUCCUCUUCCUCGCUGUUCUAAGGAGGCGGAGACAGACGGGGAAGGGAUGGGAAUAUUUUAGGCGCAUCCUUGACUUUCGCGAAGUUUUUUGUCAGUUUGCCUCGCCGGCGAAUCGAAACCGUUUGAGGGUUGGGUUUGGGGCUUUUUUUGUUGUUUUUUUUUUCCCCUUCCUCAUUUAUUCCAUUUAGAAUCAGAGCGGCGAGGAAGAAUCGAGCGGUACCGCGUCGGUAACGUGAAAAUGUCUGUCAGUCGAAUGCAGCGCUUGACAAAAGCGAAAUAUUAAUUACAUAUUAAUUCGGGGAGAGGAACCACCCAGCUUGGCGCUGGGGAGUUCUCUCCCUGCCACGGCGUCUGCGCGUUUGACCUUCAGCUAAAAACCCACCCAACGAAAAUCCACGCAAAAGGGAAUUACUGGGGGACAACCCCUCAUUUUUCCCCUCCCGAAGCCGCUGGGGUCUGUGGCCCGGGGAGGUUUCAGCAGUUCUGGGGCAGGAGAUAUUCCGCACACCCCGAGGAAAGGGCUCCGGGGUUUCUGGGGAAAAGGAGCUCGGGGGGCUCGGCACGGGCUGAGGGUCCCACGGUGAGGUCCCCACGUCCCCUGCCCCACAAACGGCAGCACACCGAUUUCCGUAUUUCGGGCUGCACCCGCAGAAACACACAAUUAUUCACCGUUCUGACUGCUCGGGGGUGGUUUGGGGAGCGCAGACACCGGCGGGGAAUGAGAACA